UAACUCUUAUCCAUAUUGCUAAUUGGCAGGUUAGAGCUUCUCCUCGUCCAUGGCGUUCGCCAUAAUAAAUCUCAACGUAGACGUUGACAGUUGCCUGAGCGGGCUGUGGGCAUCGCUGGGACUGGGCAGGCCAAAAUCCGGCAUCAAGAAGUUGGAAAAGGAAAUGGCAAGAUUGAGAGGCAAAAGGGACGACAUCAAGAACCAGAUCGAUGAGGCGGAGCGUGAGGGGAGAAUUCCGACCAACGAAGUGAGCCAAUGGCUACUCGAGGUGGAGACAUUGGAAGGCAAAGUGGCUGCUAUCAAGCAGGAUUUCCAAAGUAUUGGUUGCUUCAGUUGCCAUUGCUUCAAUCAAACUGGCGGCAUGUUGAGUCAAGCACAGCAAGCAAGAGAACAGGUCUCUAUCAGAGAGUCAUUAAACUGCUGCUCCAUGAAUCGAAGAGUGGCGAAGAAGCUCGGCGAGGCUAAUGAAUUGAUGAGCCGAGCUGAUGCACUGGAUCCGAUUGCCACUGUUGGGCCUCCGGAACCCACCGUGAUACUUCCCAUCUCCCACCGUCCACCUGUUGGGAUCGAGUCUUAUGUGAAGGACAUUGUGGGCUACAUAGAUGGUGGAGACGACAGUGUUAUAGCCAUCUACGGAAUGGGUGGUGUCGGUAAGACCACCAUGUUGAAGAGCAUCCAUCAACACUAUCUUCUUAAGCAUAGCAUAUUUGAUCGUGUCAUAUGGCUUGUUGCCUCCAAAGACUGCCAAUUCAAAAGGCUCCAGAUGGAUAUUAGCAAGAGUCUAGGACUGAAGACAAUGCAGGAGAAUGACGACGAACGAACUUGUGGUGAUAAACUGUUUAGCUACUUGAAGAACAAAAAGUGCUUGUUGUUACUUGAUGACAUUUGGGAACACGUGAAUCUUCAACUGUUGGGGAUGGCACACUCAGCUACUGAGCGACGCCAGCAGCAGCAGCCGCGCAAAGUUGUGGUGUUCACGACCCGUAGCGAGACAAUAUGUGCACAAAUGAAAGCAGGAAAGAAGAUUAAAGUCAAAUGCCUGGAUACAAAUCAAGCAUGGCAACUAUUUGAGGAGAAUAGCUACGGGGAUGUUCUCUGCUCAGAUGGUGGAAUUAAUUUCAUUGCUCGUGAACUUGCUAAAGAAUGUGCAGGUCUUCCGCUCGCUCUUAUCACUGUUGCCCAGGCCAUGUCAGGGAAAAGGUCCUGGGAAGCUUGGAACGACGCUCUCCAUCAAAUAAGGGAUAAACACGAGUGGACAACCAUUGGGCUUCCAGAAGAUUCAGUGGUCAUGUAUAAAGCCUUCAAACUGAGCUAUGACAGUUUAGAGAAUGAUUCCAUAAGAGAAUGCCUCUUGUGUUGUGCUUUGUGGCCUGAAGAUUAUGGGAUCCACAAAUACUAUGAGUUGAUACCGUGUUGGAUUGGUUGCGGAAUAAUCCGUGAAUUUAAUGUGAUCAAUGAAGCUUUCGCCAAAGGACGUUCCCAUUUGGAAGCUCUCAUGGCUGCAUCUUUGCUAGAGCGCUCUAGUGAAAUAGGCAAUUUUUACUCAAGGCACUGUGUAACGAUGCACGACGUUAUCCGAGACAUGGCACUGCUGAUGGUCUCUGGGUUGGACUUGGAGGGGAUCAAAAGAAAAUGGAUUGUAAAAGCAGGAAUCGGGUUGAGUCAUUUGCUUAGACAGGAGGAAUGGCAAGAAGCAGAGCGAGCAUCAUUCAUGAGCAAUCAGAUUACAUCUUUACAAGAAUAUGGAGCUUCGACUUUUUCAAAACUUUCUAUGUUGUUUCUCCAUGCUAACUGUGGCCUGACAAUUCCUCCGGCUUUCUUCGCAAGCAUGCCUCAUUUAGAAUACUUGGAUCUCUCUAAUUGUCGUAUAACACAACUUCCGGAAGAUAUCGAUAGCUUAACUGAGCUUCAAUAUUUAAACUUGUCCUACAAUCCUAUUAUAAGACUGCCGACCAAAUUUGGUUGCCUCGGCAAAUUAGAGUACUUGCGUCUAAGGAAAACUAAAAUUGAAACUAUGCUAAAUGGGACGAUAUCCAAUUUAUCAAUGCUCAAGUGGCUGGACAUAAGAGAGAUUCAUCCUACACCUGAGUGGUGGUGGGAUGAGCUGAAAUGUUUCAAAGGACACCCCCAAUUAAGUGUGGCAAUUGACAUCGAUGCGACAACAGCUAACAUCGAGCGACUCAACAUAUUACCAAAUGUCUCCAUAUGGAACCUCACCAUAUAUGGAAAGGAUGCUUCUUCAAAGCUUCCAAGCCUAGAUCUCAGCACUCUUCUAUGGAGCUACAACGUCAGUGACAACCUUGAGUCUCUAACUAUUAUAAAUGUCGCAGUAGACAAACUGAUGUUGACUGUCGAUAUGGGUCACGAAUCAAGUUUCGGAUGUUUAAAGAUUCUCUAUUUGUUUGACCUACAACUAUUGGAAAAGAUUUCAUUGAAUGGAGUUGUGCUCCGCGAACUAUAUAUUUUUGGAUGCCCCAUGUUGAAGGAUGUUUCUUGGGUUCUCCAAUUGUCAUGCCUUAAUCAUCUAGAGAUAAAUAAUUGUCCAAAAAUGAAGGAACUAAUAAGUCAGGUAGGGAACUCCGACUCCAACUCCAUCUGUAGCUCUAGCAUCCAGCGGUUGGCUUUGAAUGACAUGCCGAACCUCAAUUGCAUCGCAGACCAACCACUUCUUUUUCCUUACUUAGAAUAUAUAAGUGUGCUGGAUUGUCCAAAGCUCAAAAAAUUGCCAUUUGGGGUUGAAAUAUUGAAGAAUAGAUUAAAAAGGAUUGACGGUGAAGAUAAUUGGUGGAACAAUUUGGAUUGGGAUGACCAGAUUAUCAAGAAUUCCCUCACCCCUUAUUUUAGGUUUCGCUAAUACGGAUUCACGAUCAAUUUUGAAAAGAAGCAUCAACCUUUUGGGCAAGGAGUCGGCAUUCACUAUUUUGAUCGUCAUGGAUGAUUAAAUUGUUGGAUUCUUUGACUGGCUCGGCAUGUAUCUAAAUUUAAUUGAUGACCCUAACUAGUUAAUCGGAGACCUCUUCAAUAUUUUACAAUUUGAUCAUGGAUAUUGUCUUCAUCAUGAACUAGCAUCAUUUGCCCAUA